AUGGACCUGGGGAUAGUGAAGAGAGCAGGCAGGAAACCUGUGGUCAUAGGCUUCCUUACUUUCUUGUUUCCAGUAACGUUGAACCUGAUUGUGGCAGGAAUUCUUAGCGGAAAAAGGGAAAUGGACCCGGUUCUACUUAAGUCUAUUUGGCACGUUGCAAUUUUUCAAGCUGUUACCUCCUUUCAUGUCAUUGUCUGCCUUUUGGCUGAUCUGAAACUCGUUAACUCGGAGCUUGGCCAGUUAGCAAUAUCUUCAUCAAUGAUCAGUGGCAUGUGUAGCUGGGGCCUGGUUAUUGUGAUUUUAUUUAUAACAGAACUAAAAUAUGAGCCGUUUUGGAUUCUGCUGUGUCCUCUGUCGUUGAUUGUACUCAUAUUCUAUGUAUUGAGGCCCCUUAUGGUUAAGAUGAUUGCAAAAACCCCUGAAGGAAAACAGGUCAAAGAGGGAUACAUGUUGUGUAUCUUUAUCAUGGUAUUAGGAACUGCAUUUCUUAGUGAAGUCUUGGGGCACCAUGUGGUAUUUGGGGCUACCGCUUUGGGCAUCGCAGUGCCUCAUGGGCCACCAUUAGGAACAGCAUUAGAGAACAAGAUUGAAUCAUUUGUUUCUUCGAUCCUCCUGCCAAGCUAUUUUGUGUUAAGUGUCUCACGCGUUGACCUCCUUUCGAUACAUUCUGAAACUGUGUUUGUUAUCAGUAUGUUUGGUUUAACUAGCUUCAUCGGGAAAGUUUUGGGUGGCAUGUUGCCUGCACUCUUCUUCAAAGUGCCUCCUGUUGAAGCAUUUUCACUGGGCCUUCUUGUCGACCGUCAGAUUUACAGUAUGAUGGUCAUAAACAUGCUUUUUGUGUCAGGAACCUUCACACCUGUAAUCAAAUUCCUUUACGAUCCAUCCAGACAUUAUAAAUCCAGCAAUAAAAGAACAAUCCAUCAUAUUAGUCUCAAUAUGGAGUUUCGCAUUCUGGCCGGCAUAUAUCACCAAGAUUCCACGCCUUGUAUGAUUAGACUUCUCGAGAUUUCCAAUCCAACAGCCAAGACUCCCAUGUGCUGUUACAUAGUCCACCUGGUCCAGCUCGUUGGCAGUUCAUCCCCACUCUUCAUGUAUCAUGAGCCUGGAGCAACUGCAAAACUCCCCACUAAGGAUUGCGGUCGCAUCAUAAAUGCCUUCAGAUUAUACGAGCAAGAGAGCAAUGGUAAUGUUAUUGUCAACUUAUUCACAUCCAUAUCGCCUUUUGCCUCUAUACACGAGGAAGUAUGUAGGCUUGCCGUGGAGAAGAGAACAUCCUUGGUGAUUAUCCCAUUUCAUAUGCAAUGGAGACUUCAUGGCAUAGAAGACAUCACAGAAGCCAGGGCUGUAAACCGUCAUAUUCUUGCAAAGGCCCCAUGCUCUGUAGGUAUCUUGGUUGAUCGAGGCACCUUAAGUGCCUCCAAACACCAUUUUGUAUACAAAAUUGGAAUCAUUUUUGUUCAUGGAAGAGAUGAUAGGGAAGCAUUAGCAUAUGGUUUGAGAAUGGCGAAACACGCAAAAGUUUCUCUCACUGUGAUCCAUUUGAUCGAUCCAGCCGAGGGAGCCGUGCUGUCUCUUGAUAUGGAUCUUGACGAUGAUAUUAUCACUGAGUUCAAAGCCGCAUCUGCUGGAAAAAAGCGUCAUUCCUACAUAACGGAAUUCGUAAAGGACAGUGUAGAAUUGAUUACUUUGAUUAGAUCUGUUCAAAAUUCCUAUGAUCUAAUUUUGGUGGGGAGACACCAUCGCAGCUUCUCACCAAUAUUUAUGGGACUUACUGAAUGGAAUGAGUUUCCAGAGCUUGGAUUCUUGGGAGACGUGCUAGCAUCAUCAGAUUCCCAGUGCCAGGUUUCUGUGCUUGUGGUGCAACAACAAGUGUAUAGAGCUGGAGACAGAAUGAAUAGUGCCAAAAACCUUUUGGAAGAUUCAGCAGAAACUGUAGAAAUAAUUUUUGAGUCCACCCAAGGGUGGAAAGACAUAGAUAUUAGUAGACAUAGGAUGCAACCACGCUAG